AGACACUAUAUGGACACAGAAACGAAUCGUAUUCACACCGCCGCUGCAGCAGGCGGCGUUUUCAGUGUAAAAAUGCCUCGGCCGCGCGCAUCUUGCGCAGUGCGUUGCGUACAAUGGGCGGCGUGUGUGUGUAUUACAUCCUCAACCGAAUAUAACAUGUGAAUACAGUAGUCGACGCCAACAGUCGGGGGCGUAGGACGUGAUUUGUUUUCAGCUUGUUUUUAUUAUUCGUUCGCACGCACACGCGUUAAAAAACAUAUAUUAUUAUUACCGUCAUCGUCAUCGUCGUACAAUCAUCAUCGCCGUCAUCGUCGUCGAUCGUCGUCAUUGACCACGGUGUAUUUUGCAAAGGGGCCUAGAGGAGAGAUGCGCUUUUGAGAUUUAAAAAACACUCCAGAUUUCCUGAGAAAUAGUGAUACAAUGGAUACGGCAAUGGACAACCCAUCUUAUUUUGCGUUGAACCAAGGGUUGCGGAGGGUAGUACCACUGGUUGAUAGGCAAAGGAUGGCUAGGAACAAAACAGAGACGGGGUCGAUGGGCAGGACCAGAAAGACAGAUAGGAGCGCUAACAAGUGCCUAACGAGGUCCUUUAGCGCUAACAUUGAAGAAGCCAGAUUACUGGUGAUGGGACAACCCAGGCCGGCAGACGUAGCACCAUCAGUUAAGCACAGGAGACACGCUAGCACCGGUCAUAAGGAUUCGUUACAACACGAUUUAGUCCACUGCGACUUACAACCAGACGGUGACGUAUUCUUCAGCAGUAGUGGUGACGUAAGGUACAGCAAUCUGAAAUCGGCAGUACGAGGUGGACGAAGACACUCAAUAAGCUCGUUUGGAAAUUAUUCCAGCAGACGUCCGCUAAGUGACUGCAUGGCGAAAGCUCCUCGAUCAGGCGACCUCAAAGGCAUGAAAUCCGACUGUUUGGACAUCGUUAUCGUCUCGAGCGGCGACAGCGAAGCCGCUAUGAUGUGGAUUAAUUUCCUCAUCCAGUGUUUUCAACAUUUCAAUCAAAAGGAAAACAAAUCACAAUACAGAAUUCAAAGAGUGAGAUUAGAAGAUGUGUUGUCUGAUGUAAUGUCAGCACCGCGCCAGGAACGGUGUAGUCAAGCUCGGCUACAGAUUGUACUGGUUUGUCCGAUAUUUUUAGAACGAGUGCUCGCACAUUCUGGUCGUUCUGAUUGUUUAAGCGCAUUGCUACAAACCAAUCGUAUGUUGGCUUUAUUAGUUGGUGUUGCAGAAUCAGACGUUACUGAUCAACACAAGACUGUAAUGGUGGACUAUGAUGAGUGGAGAAAAAUGGCCGUGAAAGAUCAAGAUCGAGAAUCUGUUGGUGAUUUUUACGGAGUGUCUAUGGAUAUUCUUAGUAAACCGAUGCAUGUUCAACAGGCGAUUAGUGUGUCCGAAGAGGAUACGAAAUUCUCCGUUACUCCCAAAAAGAUCAAAAUCGGUCAAAACAAACUCAUCGUUUUAUUGUCAGAACCAUUGGUAUCGAAAGACAACGUCGUAAUCACUGUGGAUAAAAACGGGCACAAAAUAGAAGUGACAAACGUGACGAGAAGAAAUCCGUAUACGCUACAAUUUAAAAUGCCGCUGAGCUGUUUGCAAGUGUCUGUUUUGGUAAACGUUAUUGUUGAAAAAAAUGGCCAGCCGUUAGGCCAACGUUCGGUGAAGUGCGAGAGCCGCAUGAGAGAAUUAGAUCAAUUGAUACGUACGUUGGACAAUCCGUUAAAUUUUUUGUGCCAAACGUUUGGCUUGAAUCCCGUCGAUAGAGAACAAUUAGAUUUGUUUUUGGUCACGGCUUAUGUGAAGAAUGUUCCACCCAAUUUCCAUCUUCUUCAACCGGCUGGAUCUCGGUUCCAAUAUUGCCACGAGGAAUAUCCGACCAUGUUGCACUUUGCGGCCAAACACGGACUGGAAAAGCUGUCGUGGCACUUGCUGGAGAGCCCGGGCGGCGAACAAGCUUGCCAGCUGCGGAACGCGUCCCAGAUGACUCCGGCGGACGUUGCCGAGGCGUCCAACCACCAAAAGCUGGCCCAAGCUCUGAGGGCGUACGUGCAAAUGACCGAACUGACCAGCAUGUACAGCAUACUCAAAGGCAUAUCGGAUGGACACCAUCACCACCAGCCGACCGGCGCCGACGACCCCGACGCCAACUACAUGUUGCCGCGACCCCUCCACGACAGCUAUCUGGUGCCGCCCGCGCCCAGGCCCGUUGCCGCCGAACAGUCGCCGGCGACCGCGGUCCAUCCGCAGCAGCAGCAGCCGCAGAACAACAACCACUGUUACACGAAUGUGGGCUCGCCGCUCAUCAACGCGACCAUGUUCAACUAUCAGAUACCGCCGCCGCCGCAGUCCAUUUUCGCGACCAAUUACCAGGUGCCCACCAACGGCCGACCGUACAGCCCGGCGGGCGGUUCGUGGUCUCCCACCCACACUGCGGUGCCUUCUUCGCCAGUCGACCCGGUCCCGCCGUCGCCGUUGGGUUACUUGGAAAUGAGUUCCAGUCUAGGAUCCGCUAAUUAUUUGCGAGCAAAUCUAUCGUUGAACGACAGCAUCAUUAACAAAUCAGCUGGUAAUAGAUCUAACGAUUUCUCGAUUUCUAGCUCUCGUGGCAGUAAUCAAAUGUUAUCUACGCCUCAAGAUGAACUAUUGGAAAUUAUACACGAUUUCAAAAAUAACGUUCUAACCAUUAACGAAGUGGAAAAUCUAGUCGAAACGUGGAAAAACCGAAAUGACGUGCAACAGUCUUUCAAAGAAAAACAGGAGCAACUAAAUCAAAUGAGAGUCGAAUAUGAUCGAAUCCAACAACGGAUGAAAGAUCAAUUGAAACGACCUACUCCGUUCGAUCGCAUCAAAAAAUUCUUUGGCAAAAACAAAUCUAAACAUUCUGAAAUUUCACAAGAAAACUUGACAAAAAGAAGUGGUUCAGAAAAUCAUUCUAAAAGACCAUCCAGUAGUCUUAGUCUACAAAGCUCGAGCAGUUCUACUUCUUGUGGUCGGUCCAGUACUGUAAGCACAAGCAGCGUGAACGACAACCAUACAAUCCAACAAGACAACAUGGAUGACGGAAAGCCUCUGAAGUCGUCUUUCUCGUACUUCGACCAGCCACACUCGUUCUCGACGUUCCUUCAGCAGAGCAGCAAAACGGCUGCCGACUUUGCGGGUCACGAUUACGGCAACGUCGUGUACUCGCCCGUGGGCUCCGCAACCGCCGAGACCAUCAUGGAAGAGGAAAUCGAUGUGCCGUCCUGUAACGCUUCCCAGGCUCUUGGCGCCUCAGCCCUCCGGUGCAUGACCGGAAUCGCUUGUACGAUCGCCACUUCGCCCACGACGGUCGACAAGUCCGAACACGACGAGGCAGCUGGAUUCGAACAGUCUUACAGCGGUGGCGGUGGUGACAGCGGCGGUGGCUCAGUCAGCGGAGCAGAUUUCGAAGACGUGGAAGACAAGGUACAGAGAUUGUUCGACAAUAUGCCGGACUACACGAAUGUCACGGUUUCCGACCGGAACUCCCGCAAAUAUGCGCCGUUGCAGACGUGAACAUCACGCAAAAUCUGUGUGUGGCCGCUCGCUGCCGAAAUUUUUUCGUGUCUUUUUAUUGGAACCAUUAAUGCGUACAAUAUAAUAAUGUAUAUAAUAUUAUAUUUUAGUUGUGCGCGGCUAUGAGAUUUUGAGAAUCAAUGGCGGCAUACAAUUUUCUAGCCACUCGAAGUCUGUGUAAAAUAAUUUAACAAUAUAUAUAGUAUAUAAUUUAAUAGGCUGAUCUAUACAAUAAUGAAAUAUAUUUUUAAACACGGUUUUACGAUACGUUUUAUACGUAAAAAGGACUGGAUAGUGAUAAUAUAUUAUUAAAUAUUUUUAUACUGGUGACUAAGGUUAAUAACAUUUAAAUUUUAAAAUUAAACGUGUUAAGCAUAAUACAUCAAGCGAAUAAGUCGUGUGAAUAUGUGCGCUCUCUCUCAAAAAAAAAAAAAAAAAAUGUGCACUUUGAAGUUUGAACGUUGUAAAUCGUUUUAUUUAUGAACCUAUAAUAUUGUUAUUUAUAUGUUAUCAUUUUUGUUUAUAUUUUUACUUCUUGAAAUAUACUUUUUUUAAAUAAUUAUAAA